AUGGAAGAGGUCUCGAAAAAGAUGGAAGAAGUUCAUGACGACGUGGAAGUUGAUGGUGUUCUGUACACAGCCACUCAAACUGCUGCAAAAUAUGCUUUUGACGCCUUCGAUCAUGGAAUCUAAGCGAUAGGGAAGAUUUUCACAGAAGCCAGAGACCUGAUUGACGUUAUCUAAUUAGUCAUUGACAAGACUGGAGAAGAUUACUUCUAGAAGUCUUUGAUUACAGAGCUCAAGGAACCUCUCAUUAACUUAGGGCACUGGAUAGCGACCAUGAAAGGCUACACGGAGAAUAUCCAAUAGAAUUACUUCGCUCAAUCAAUCCUUGUUCUUUCUAAAAUUAAAAAAAGCUUUACUAAAAACAAAGACUUAUAUACGGAAGUCUAUAACGACUGGUCUCAAAGUGAACUAGCUCGGACUGAUGACUUUUAAAGCGAUUGGGCAGAAAUUGAAAAAGCAAUCGGAGUGAUUGCUGAUCAGUUUCUCUCUGCUUACAACGCCCAAAAGAUCAAGGAUCUUAUGGCAUCUGUGACGAGAAUGUUCAACUUAAAAUGUGACCAGGUAAACAAAGAUUUGAAAGACAAACAAGCAGAACUAAAGAGAGCUGAAGAGCAUCUAGAAGAAAGAGAAAAUACCAGGAACUGGCUCAACUUCUUGUGGCUCGGCUGUUGGGUUGCCGCUGCCAUCGCCUAGGCUGUAAUGGCUAGCGAAGUUGCUGCUGCUCAUACUGCUGUAAACAAUGCUUACGCAGCCUUGAAAGAAGCUAUUGCUGCGGGCAACGAAUUAUGA